CCAAGUAACGGACCACGUUUUGGAAAACAAACAAAACCCGGCCCUGGUGUUGAGUUUCAGCAGCAGCAGCAAUAGGCAUCAAUGUCAGAACGUAUGAUUGGGAAGACCAAUCUCCACCACCACCCUUCUUCAAUACCAUUCUCCUCAAACCACUCCUCUCUCUCUCCGUGCCGCUUCACCUUCCCUUCCCAACCAGCGACGCCACCGUUCAUCAAAAUCUCCAUCUCCAGCUGUAUCCGCCAAACAUGCUCAUCCACGUCGUUGAGGCACGACGGCGAGAACGACGAGAAGGUGGAGCCUCUUUCGUCUCUUCAUCUUCAACCCAUCUCCGGCGAGGACCAAUUCGAUCUCGUCCUCGAUGAGGCUCAACAGAGUAAGGACGCUGUCGUCGUUGUUUGGACGGCAAAUUGGUGCAGAAAAUGUAUAUAUUUAAAACCAAAAUUGGAAAAGUUGGCAGCAGACUAUUAUCCAAGAUUGCGGUUCUACAGUGUUGAUGUUAAUACAGUUUCACACAAACUUGUUGCUCGUGCUGGUGUCACUAAAAUGCCAACCAUUCAACUAUGGAAAGACAGCAAGAAACAAGCUGAAGUCAUUGGUAGCCAUAAAGCAUACUUGGUCAUAAAUGAGAUUCAGGAAAUGAUUGAAAAUGAGUUCACUACGUGAAUUUAGUGCAGCAUACAAUUUUGCUUCUAUUUUAAUAUAUCUUAUCAAAUGGUUUUACAGAACUAUUUUUUCCCGGUCAAUGUACCCGAAAUAUAUAUGAUUUUGCAACAAUUUUUCCCCCAAGAGGCUUUUAGAGGAUCUCAUUUUGUAUGAAAAGGUGUUGAGAUUCUUGUAGUUGAGGGAUAUCUAAAUUUGAAGUUUUUUUUUUGAAACAUAAAAUAUUGAAGUUCCUCUAAUUGAUUGUAAGAUGUCAAAUGUGUAUGAAAUUAAAAUAAGAGAGCAAGUUAUCUGAA